AUGGGAAAAGGUAGAUUCAUUUGCUAAAAGCUUACUGAUAAGUGAAGAAACUUAUCAAUUUGGUCUCAAAAGCUUGUGACGCGUAGAGAGAUCUUUGACCAAGGAAUCGGGAAGACUGUAGACUAGAAAAUACUUUUCCGUUUUAUAGUACACGAAAAAAUCAUUAUAAUCAGAUUUUCUAUAGAAACGUGUAGUUUCAAACUUAUCUGAAACUCUCCAGCACUGGCAUACGUUCCGGUGACAAGCGUCCUUCGCGAGGGUGUAUUCCAGGGACGAAGGACGGCAUUCGCUUACGACCACAUCACGUUGAAAACACGCCAUCCCGUCCGAUCUGGCAAGUUAAGCAACGUUGAGAGCCGGUAGUACUUGGAUCGGAGACGGCUUGGGAAUUCGGCUUGCCGUAAGCUUUUUGCUUUUUCUUUUCCAUCCAAAAAAAUAUUAAUUUUUCAAGUUUUUUUAAGGAUUCUGAAGUUUCUGAGUUAAUUUUUUUAAUUUUGAAGAGUUGGCUUGAGAAAAAAAUUUAUCUUUUUUUAUUUUUCUAUGUGUCUGAAGACUCACUUAUGUUUGGACUUCUGCAACAAUUUUUCAAAAAACCAUUAGAAAAAAAAAAAGUGAAAAUUGAGAAUUUCCGAAUUUUUCCGAAUUCGUUCAGCACUGACUGGCGUCCUUCGCGAGGGUGUAUUCCAGGGACGAAGGACGGCAUUCGCUUACGACCACAUCACGUUGAAAAACACGCCAUCCCGUCCGAUCUGGCAAGUUAAGCAACGUUGAGAGCCGGUAGUACUUGGAUCGGAGACGGCUUGGGAAUUCGGCUUGCCGUAAGCUUUUUGCUUUUUCUUUUCCAUCCAAAAAUUAUUAAUUUUUCAAGUUUUUUUAAGGAUUCUGAAGUUUCUGAGUUAAUUUUUUUAAUUUUGAACAGUUCGCUUGAGAAGAAAUUUAUCUUUUUAUUAUCUAUGUGUCUGAAGACUCACUUUAUGUUUGGACUUCUGCAACAAUUUUUUUCAAAAAAACCAUUAGAAAAAGUGAAAAAUUGAGAAUUUCCGAAUUUUUUUCCGAAUUCGUUCAGCACUGACUGGCGUCCUUCGCGAGGGCUGUAUUCCAGGGACGAAGGACGGCAUUCGAUUACGACCACAUCACGUUGAAAAACACGCCAUCCCGUCCGAUCUGGCAAGUUAAGCAACGUUGAGAGCCGGUAGUACUUGGAUCGGAGACGGCUUGGGAAUUCGGCUUGCCGUAAGCUUUUUGCUUUUUCUUUUCUAUCCAAAAAAAUGUUAAUUUUCAAGUUUUUUUAAGGAUUCUGAAGUUUCGGAGUUAAUUUUUUUAAUUUUGAACAGUUCGCUUGAGAAAAAAUUUAUCUUUUAUUAUUUUUUUUUCUAUGUGUCUGAAGACUCACUUUAUGUUUGGACUUCUGCAACAAUUUUUUUCAAAAAAACCAUUAGAAAAAAAGUGAAAAUUGAGAAUUUCCGAAUUUUUUUCCGAAUUCGUUCAGCACUGACUGGCGUCCUUCGCGAGGGUGUAUUCCAGGGACGAAGGACGGCAUUCGCUUACGACCACAUCACGUUGAAAACACGCCAUCCCGUCCGAUCUGGCAAGUUAAGCAACGUUGAGAGCCGGUAGUACUUGGAUCGGAGACGGCUUGGGAAUUCGGCUUGCCGUAAGCUUUUUGCUUUUCUUUUCCAUCCAAAAUUAUUAAUUUUCAAGUUUUUAAGGAUUCUGAAGUUUCUGAGUUAAUUUUUAAUUUUGAAGAGUUGGCUUGAGAAAAAAUUUAUCUUUUUAUUUUUUUUUUCUAUAUGUCUGAAGACUUAUUUAUGUUUGGACUUCUGCAACAAUUUUUCAAAAAGCCAUUAGAAAAAAAAAGUGAAAAUUGAGAAUUUCCGAAUUUUUCCGAAUUCGUUCAGCACUGACUGGCGUCCUUCGCGAGGGUGUAUUCCAGGGACGAAGGACGGCAUUCGCUUACGACCACAUCACGUUGAAAACACGCCAUCCCGUCCGAUCUGGCAAGUUAAGCAACGUUGAGAGCCGGUAGUACUUGGAUCGGAGACGGCUUGGGAAUUCGGCUUGCCGUAAGCUUUUUGCUUUUCUUUUCCAUCCAAAAAAAUAUUAAUUUUUCAAGUUUUUUUAAGGAUUCUGAAGUUUCUGAGUUAAUUUUUUUAAUUUUUGAAGAGUUGGCUUGAGAAAAAAAUUUAUCUUUUUUUAUUUUCUAUACAGUACUGGCCAUAAAGGUAUUUCAAAGUGGUUAUUCGAGCAUAACUUCUCUGAAAGUGGCUCAAAUGACUUGAAACUUUGCGAAAAUUUCAAAUAGCUACGCAGUAACUUUUUCCCAAAAAGAACUUAUUUGCUCGAGUCAGACCGGAUUUGGGAGCAAAAACCAAAAAAAUCGUGAAAAAUCAAGAUUUUUUUCUCUUGAGAUUCGAAAAAUCAUAUCUUCAAAGAAACUUCGUUUUCGAACCAGAAACUUUUUUCCCCAGUAAAACAAGUCUUCGGCUUUCCAAAAAACCUAAUCAGCCCCUCACCAACCCGAUAUUAAGAGCGUAGUGACUUUUUCUUCGGAAGGCCUUUCCGUUUUAACGCCUCGUCAUUCAAAUGGUCUAUACAAGGGCAUUUUUGUUUGAGAACACCCUGUAUCAUGUUGAAAAACUUUGAAAAACCUUCAAAAAUAGUUUAACACUGAUUUCUUCAGCUUUCUCACUUUAUCUGCUUUCCAGAACUCACUAGCUUUACUAGGACCGAUUUUGAAACCUCUGAUUUGAACAGUUUUUUGAACUUUCGGGCGUUCAAAGUAGUUUAUAUCUGAACAAUCGCUUUUCAAUCGUGAAUUUGAAAAAUAAAUAUUGGCUAAAUUGCAGGCUCUUAGUUCCUGAAGACUGCUAAUUUUUUGCUAAAGCAUUAGUUUCACAAGAUCAAAAACUUAUUUUUCACAUAAAAUUUAAAGAAACUUUAUACAGUGCCUAUCUUUGAUUUGAGAGCUAGAAAGAGGAGUUACAAAUUUAUCUCAUGAUCUAAAACAUUUUAAAAUAUGAAAAAAGGGGUUUUUAUCAUCUUCCACAAGAUUUGGAGCCCUCUAAGCAACACUUGCUGAAGCGAAGUUUUGAGAACUUUAAGAAACUCAGUAAAACUCACUGUAUCUUUUGAAUAGGUAAGCAAAACACAGUGGGUCUUCUUUUAUUUUCAUUCAUCAAGGUUCUAAAAAAGCUCUGAAAUCUGAAUGGAGAAAUCGAGAAUUUUCUGAUUUUAAAAAAGGAGCAUAACCGCUUCAAAUCAGAGAUUUCAAAAUCGGUCCUAGUAAAGUUAGUGAGUUCUGGAGAGCAGAGAAAGUGAGAAAGCUGAAGAAAUCAGUGUUGAACUAUUUUUGAGGGUGUUUCAAAGUUUUUCAACAUGAUACAGGGUGUUCUCAAACAAAAAUGCCCUUGUAUAGACCAUUUGAAUGAGGAGGCGUCAAAACGCAAGGGCCUUCCGAAGAAAAAGUCACUACGCUCUUACUAUCGGGUUGGUGAGGGGCUGAUUAGGUUUUUUGGAAAGCCGAAGACUUGUUUUACUGGGGAAAAAAGUUUCUGGUUCGAAAACGAAGUUUCUUUGAAGAUAUGAUUUUUCGAAUCUCAAGAGAAAAAUCUUGAUUUUCACGAUUUUUGGUUUUUUGCUCCCAAAUCCGGUCUGACUUGAGCAAAUAAGUUCUUUUUUCGGGAAAAAGUUACUGCGUAGCUAUUUGAAAUUUUCGCAAAGUUUCAAGUCAUUUGAGCCACUUUCAGAGAAGUUAUGCUCGAAUAACCACUUUGAAAUACCUUUAUGGCCAGUACUGUAUGUCUGAAGACUUAUUUAUGUUUGGACUUCUGCAACAAUUUUUUUCAAAAAGCCAUUAGAAAAAGUGAAAAUUGAGAAUUUCCGAAUUUUUUUCCGAAUUCGUUCAGCACUGACUGGCGUCCUGCGCGAGGGUGUAUUCCAGGGACGAAGGACAGCAUUCGCUUACGACCACAUCACGUUGAAAAACACGCCAUCCCGUCCGAUCUGGCAAGUUAAGCAACGUUGAGAGCCGGUAGUACUUGGAUCGGAGACGGCUUGGGAAUUCGGCUUGCCGUAAGCUUUUUGCAAUUCUUCUCCAUCCAAAAAAAUAUUAAUUUUCAAGUUUUUAAGGAUUCUGAAGUUUCUGAGUUAAUUUUUUUAAUUUUGAAGAGUUGGCUUGAGAAAAAAAUUUAUCUUUUUUUAUUUUCUAUAUGUCUGAAGACUUAUUUAUGUUUGGACUUCUGCAACAAUUUUUUUCAAAAAAGCCAUUAGAAAAAGUGAAAAUUGAGAAUUUCCGAAUUUUUCCGAAUUCGUUCAGCACUGACUGGCGUCCUGCGCGAGGGUGUAUUCCAGGGACGAAGGACAGCAUUCGCUUACGACCACAUCACGUUGAAAAACACGCCAUCCCGUCCGAUCUGGCAAGUUAAGCAACGUUGAGAGCCGGUAGUACUUGGAUCGGAGACGGCUAGGGAAUUCGGCUUGCCGUAAGCUUUUUGCAAUUCUUCUCCAUCCAAAAAUAUUAAUUUUUCAAGUUUUUUUAAGGAUUCUGAAGUUUCUGAGUUAAUUUUUAAUUUUGAAGAGUUGGCUUGAGAAAAAAUUUAUCUUUUUAUUUUUUUUUUCUAUGUGUCUGAAGACUUAUUUAUGUUUGGACUUCUGCAACAAUUUUUCAAAAAGCCAUUAGAAAAAAAAAGUGAAAAUUGAGAAUUUCCGAAUUUUUCCGAAUUCGUUCAGCACUGACUGGCGUCCUGCGCGAGGGUGUAUUCCAGGGACGAAGGACAGCAUUCGCUUACGACCACAUCACGUUGAAAAACACGCCAUCCCGUCCGAUCUGGCAAGUUAAGCAACGUUGAGAGCCGGUAGUACUUGGAUCGGAGACGGCUUGGGAAUUCGGCUUGCCGUAAGCUUUUUUUGCUUUUCUUUUUCCAUCCAAAAAUUAUUAAUUUUCAAGUUUUUUUAAGGAUUCUGAAGUUUCUGAGUUAAUUUUUUUAAUUUUGAAGAGUUGGCUUGAGAAAAAAAUUUAUCUUUUUUAUUUUUCUAUGUGUCUGAAGACUUAUUUAUGUUUGGACUUCUGCAACAAUUUUUCAAAAAGCCAUUAGAAAAAAAGUGAAAAAUUGAGAAUUUCCGAAUUUUUUUCCGAAUUCGUUCAGCACUGACAGGCGUCCUGCGCGAGGGCUGUAUUCCAGCGGCGAACCACCGCUGUCGCUUACGACCACAUCACGUUGAAAACACGCCAUCCCGUCCGAUCUGGCAAGUUAAGCAACGUUGAGAGCCGGUAGUACUUGGAUCGGAGACGGCUUGGGAAUUCGGCUUGCCGUAAGCUUUUUGCUUUUCUUUUCCACGUGAAAAUAUUAAUAUUCAAGUUUUUGAGAGAAACGAAGCUUCUGAAUAGUUUUGUAAUUAGAAGAAGUUGACAGAAGAACUUGAUUCUUGAUUAUUCUCUUUUUUAUUAGGAAACAUUUUUAGUUGUGCUUCUGCAAUAAUCUUUCUAUAAACUAAAAGAAGGAAACAUGAAAAGUCUAAUUUUUUUCGAACUGAUUCAGCAUUGACAGGCGUCCUGCGCGAGGCUGUAUCCGAACGGCGAACCACCGCUGUCGCUUACGACCACAUCACGUUGAAAACACGCCAUCCCGUCCGAUCUGGCAAGUUAAGCAACGUUGAGAGCCGGUAGUACUUGGAUCGGAGACGGCUUGGGAAUUCGGCUUGCCGUAAGCUUUUUGCUUUUCUUUUCCAUCCAAAAAUAUUAAUUUUCAAGUUUUUAAGGAUUCUGAAGUUUCUGAGUUAAUUUUUUUAAUUUUGAAGAGUUGGCUUGAGAAAGAAAAUUUAUCUUUUUUAUCUAUAUGUCUGAAGACUUAUUUAUGUUUGGACUUCUGCAACAAUUUUUCAAAAAGCCAUUAGAAAAAAAAAGUGAAAAUUGAGAAUUUCCGAAUUUUUCCGAAUUCGUUCAGCACUGACUGGCGUCCUUCGCGAGGCUGUAUUCCAGGGACGAAGGACAGCAUUCGCUUACGACCACAUCACGUUGAAAACACGCCAUCCCGUCCGAUCUGGCAAGUUAAGCAACGUUGAGAGCCGGUAGUACUUGGAUCGGAGACGGCUUGGGAAUUCGGCUUGCCGUAAGCUUUUUGCUUUUUCUUUUCCAUCCAAAAAUUAUUAAUUUUCAAGUUUUUUUAAGGAUUCUGAAGUUUCUGAGUUAAUUUUUUUAAUUUUUGAAGAGUUGGCUUGAGAAAAAAUUUAUCUUUUUUUAUCUAUAUGUCUGAAGACUUAUUUAUGUUUGGACUUCUGCAACAAUUUUUUUCAAAAAAAGCCAUUAGAGUGAAAAAUUGAGAAUUUCCGAAUUUUUUUCCGAAUUCGUUCAGCACUGACUGGCGUCCUUCGCGAGGCUGUAUUCCAGGGACGAAGGACAGCAUUCGCUUACGACCACAUCACGUUGAAAAACACGCCAUCCCGUCCGAUCUGGCAAGUUAAGCAACGUUGAGAGCCGGUAGUACUUGGAUCGGAGACGGCUUGGGAAUUCGGCUUGCCGUAAGCUUUUUUUGCUUUUUUUCUUUUUCCAUCCAAAAAUAUUAAUUUUCAAGUUUUUUUAAGGAUUCUGAAGUUUCUGAGUUAAUUUUUUUAAUUUUGAAGAGUUGGCUUGAGAAAAAAAUUUAUCUUUUUUUAUCUAUAUGUCUGAAGACUUAUUUAUGUUUGGACUUCUGCAACAAUUUUUUUCAAAAAGCCAUUAGAAAAAAAGUGAAAAAUUGAGAAUUUCCGAAUUUUUUUCCGAAUUCGUUCAGCACUGACUGGCGUCCUUCGCGAGGGCUGUAUUCCAGGGACGAAGGACAGCAUUCGCUUACGACCACAUCACGUUGAAAAACACGCCAUCCCGUCCGAUCUGGCAAGUUAAGCAACGUUGAGAGCCGGUACUACUUGGAUCGGAGACGGCUUUGGGAAUUCGGCUUGCCGUAAGCUUUUUGCUUUUCUUUUCCAUCCAAAAAUAUUAAUUUUCAAGUUUUUUUAAGGAUUCUGAAGUUUCUGAGUUAAUUUUUUUAAUUUUGAAGAGUUGGCUUUGAGAAAAAAAUUUAUCUUUUUUUAUCUAUAUGUCUGAAGACUUAUUUAUGUUUGGACUUCUGCAACAAUUUUUUUCAAAAAGCCAUUAGAAAAAAAGUGAAAAUUGAGAAUUUCCGAAUUUUUUUCCGAAUUCGUUCAGCACUGACUGGCGUCCUUCGCGAGGGCUGUAUUCCAGGGACGAAGGACAGCAUUCGCUUACGACCACAUCACGUUGAAAAACACGCCAUCCCGUCCGAUCUGGCAAGUUAAGCAACGUUGAGAGCCGGUAGUACUUGGAUCGGAGACGGCUUGGGAAUUCGGCUUGCCGUAAGCUUUUUUUGCUUUUUCUUUUCCAUCCAAAAAAAUAUUAAUUUUCAAGUUUUUUUAAGGAUUCUGAAGUUUCUGAGUUAAUUUUUUUAAUUUUUGAAGAGUUGGCUUGAGAAAAAAAUUUAUCUUUUUUUAUUUUUCUAUAUGUCUGAAGACUUAUUUAUGUUUGGACUUCUGCAACAAUUUUUUUUCAAAAAGCCAUUAGAAAAAAAGUGAAAAUUGAGAAUUUCCGAAUUUUUUUCCGAAUUCGUUCAGCACUGACUGGCGUCCUUCGCGAGGCUGUAUUCCAGGGACGAAGGACAGCAUUCGCUUACGACCACAUCACGUUGAAAACACGCCAUCCCGUCCGAUCUGGCAAGUUAAGCAACGUUGAGAGCCGGUAG